AUUCAGUAAAUGAGAGAAAGAACACCUCAGGCUGGACAGUCAGUUCUCUCCUGCUAUAAUGAUACAAUCAAGAAAAAUGUUCAAAUACACUGCUGCGUUGUUGUUUACAGUAUCAGUAAGUGUGGUGUCAGUUGAGCUGUGGAAGCGUUUGAUCCUGGGGAGAGACUGCAGUGAUGAACAGAGACUUCAUCACGUUCAAGUGGUCUAUGAGAGAAAGGGGUCAAAGUCAGGGGCCUGUGGGGGAACUCUAAUCCAUAAGCAAUGGGUCCUGACUGCAGGACACUGCUAUAAGGGAGCUGAAGGGAUUUUGAAGGUCAUUGUGGAUGUCCACCCAACAAACUCAAAAGUCAACAAAACUCUCACCAUUCCUCAUGAAAAUAUAAAGAAAUACAGCGAAACUCUGUCAGAUGGUGACAUCAUGUUGCUGAAGCUUCCAGAAAGUGUGGAGAAUAUCAAACCUGCAAAACUUCCAGAUGUUCCUUGUACACAUCCACCUGCUGGAGACAUACUGCAGGUAGCAGGACAUGGAUCAGCAUCUAAGAUCUAUGGAAAAGCUGAAGCACAUCUGAAGUGCUUGGAUGUUUCGGUCGUCUCUUGUCAAAACCUGAAAAACACUGUGUUUGAACAUGACAAGCACGUCUUCUGCGGCGUCAAUCUUCCAGAUCAGCCAGUGAUUGACAGCUGUGCGGGGGACUCUGGAGGAGGCCUGCUGCUGAUGGGGGAGACAGACGUGGUGUUUGGGGUGCUGAUAGGAGGUCGCCGGGGCGGGUGUGGAGGACAGAUUGUUUUUACUGAUGUCUGUAAAUACAGGGUGUGGAUUAAAGACCUCUUAGACUGA